UGCAUUUGUUUCUUUCUCAUACAAAAUCACAAAUAAACUAAAAAGAAAUAAAGAAAUGAAAGUUUGCCCCAAAGAAUGUAAAAUAAAAAUUAGAACCCCCGAAAUGAUGGGGUUUUAAUAAACCUCGCUCUGUCGUUCCUCUGUAAAAACCCCAAAUUUUUAUUCUCUUUCUGCAAUCACUAUGAGCAGCAAGGGACCCGGGCUCUUCUCUGACUUCGGCAAGAAAGCUAGAGAUGUACUCUUCAAGGAUUACAGCACCGACCAGAAAUUUGCAAUUUCUUCUUGCGCUGAAUCUGGAGUGGCUAUCACCUCAAAUGUGGUUGAGAAGGGAGGUCUGUCCAUCGGGGAUGUGUCAACACAACAUAAAUUCAAGAAUGGCUCACUUGAUGUCAAACUCGAUACACAAUCAAACAUUCUAACAACCCUCAGACUCACUGAUUUCCCAUCAUCCACAAAAGUCAUUGCUUCUUUAAAAUUGCCGGAUUACAACUCUGGGAAGUUGGAGGUACAGUAUUUUCAUCAACAUGCCGGUAUCACUGCAGCUGCUGGAUUGAACCACACGCCAAUUGUUGAUUUCUCAGCAACUAUUGGUACUCCCACCAUUGCCUUCGGUGCUGAAACUUCCUAUGCUACAGCUUCUGGUGAAUUUUCAAAGUAUAAUGCUGGUGUGAGCUACACCAGCCCAGAUACCAAUGCUUCAGUGAUUUUGGCUGAUAAAGGAAACUCAAUUAAGGUUUCCUAUCUGCGUCAUCUGGAAAUGAUGAAUCAGCUUACUGUAGUUGGAGAGAUCAACCGCACAUUUUCCAACAACGAGAACACAUUGACGGUUGGAUGUUCUUAUGUAGCUGAUCCUCAGACUGUGCUGAAGACAAAGCUAAACAAUCACGGCAGUCUUGGAGCUCUUGUACAGCAUGAGUUUAAACCAAAGUCCUUCCUAACAAUUUCUGGUUCCUUCGACACGAAAGCCUUGCAUAAGAAUCCCAAGUUUGGGUUGGCACUCUCUCUCAAGCCUUGAUCGUCUAUACUUAAUAGCAACAGGAAUGAUCAUACCAAUUUUAUUUUAUACAACUUGUUUUAAUUUUCUCCCCUCAUUGAGGCAUUUUUUUAAAAAAAAAAUGGCUCCAUAUUUUAAAUUCCUUUUGAUAGGAUUUUUCAUUCCGCUUGCUUGAUUGCCCAAAGUCAUUUAAUUGCUGUCGACUAGGAUAUCUGCUCGGUUUUUGUCGAGGUUUGUUUUAUUGACUUUACUUUGGAGAGAUGCACCUUUUUUGUCCCUACUCCCUUGGUUUCUAGGUCCUAUUUCAUUAUGAUGUGACUGUAGAAUUCAGAGAAAUAUGAAAUAUCAUAUGCUUGAUUAAGGGUCUCA